AUACUCCGAAUAAUCGAAUAUGCAACUAAACUAACCUCUACUUCACUCUAUGGGCUUCCGACUUGGCAACAAUCAUAUUCUCUCCUCUCGUUGGAGUUGCAGAAUUGGCGACCAUCUUCCCCGCUUUCUCCCUUUCCACUAUAAUCUCAGUUGUAGGUACUACAGUGGUAGAAAUCAAGAGGAAAUGGAACAAGUGGUUAUUGAUGGGUCAGAGUCAGAGGUGGUGGUGGGUAACACUGUGUCACUCCACAAGAAAAUAUGUGCUAUUCGCAGUGCAGGACCUUCAAAGCUCCAGGUAAUUGCGGAUUUUGAUGCAACCUUAACGAAAUUUUGGAUAAAUGGAUAUCGAGGGCAAAGCAGUCAUAGCCUUUUGCAACAGGAUGAUCCGGGAUACAAUAUCAGGAGGCAGAAUUUAUAUGACUAUUAUCAUCCAUUAGAAUUUAACCCAGCAAUACCGCUUGAUGAGAAAGCCAAGCUCAUGGAAGAGUGGUGGGGAAAAACACAUGGCCUCCUUAUUGAAGGAGGUCUUACAUAUGACGCUAUUAGGAAUUCCGUUGCAAAUGCCAAUAUUGCUUUCAGAGAUGGUGUUGUUGAACUUUUCGAACUUCUAGAGGAGAGAAAUGUGCCUGUUCUCAUAUUUUCUGCUGGUCUAGCUGACAUAAUAGAGGAGGUGCUAAGGCAGAAACUACGUAGAUCAUUCAAGAAUAUCAGGGUUGUAUCCAAUAGGAUGGUGUUUGACGAGAAUGGCAACUUACUGCGUUUUAAAGGUAAGACGAUUCAUGUUCUUAACAAGAACGAGCAUGCACUUGACAUGGCUGAGCCUCUUCACGAUCAAUUUGGCGAAGACAAGGGAAGGAGUAACGAGGAAUCUUCCCUAAAGCAGAGGACUAGCGUUUUGCUUCUUGGUGACCACAUCGGAGACUUGGGAAUGUCUGAUGGUUUGAAUUAUGAAACGCGAAUUUCUGUUGGUUUUCUCAACCACAACAUCGAGGAUUCCCUCGAUAGCUACAGGAAAGCAUUCGACGUCCUCUAUCUGAACGAUGCUUCCAUGCAUGGAGUAGUCAAGCUGGCCUCUCAUCUGUGUUCUACAUGAACAACAUUAAACUGCAGUCUACAACCCCAUCACAGAAAUGAAAAGUUUUUUAUGUUGGUUUAGAUGCAUUUCCUGGUGACUGGUUUUCCUAAUAUAGCAGAUUUUGGGCUACAUUCUGUUAAAAAUAAUAGUGCCCUGUAAGUUUUCUCAUUAUAAGGGCCCUUUUAUAGGGCUCAAUUUGUGAAAUGAACAAAAUUAUAUCAUGGACCUAGUUCAUGUUAUAGUAUGGAUUUAGGUUCACUAAAAUAAUACUGUAAAUUUAUCACAAAUUCAAUACUACUGCUGGUUUAUUGGAA